UACAGCCAGCUGACAUCCGGCGUCUUCUCGUCCAUUAGCCUCCCCCGACUCAACCAUAACCACAGGCUAUCCUUCUGCACUCGAAUUUUUCCCCAUGAAAUGUCCUCUGUGCUGACUAAUUAACUCUACUGAAUGCGAAAUUUCAUCACAUUUAUCAGAUGCAGGCUGUGGGAACCAGCCUCACAGUGUCGGUCUUGUUUGUGUCAGGGCUCUGGCCCCGUCUUCAGUAGCUGAAGCACACCAGUCUUGUCCUCUCUGUUCCACGUCCACGGCCCUUCUCUUUGCAGAGCCAUGACCACCCAGAGGGAUCUUGAUAUGGUGCACCUCCGCCUCAUCCUGGUCAGUGGCAAAACGCAAGACUUCACUUUCUCCCCGAAUGACUCUGCCACAGACAUUGCCAAGCAUGUAUUUGACAACUGGCCAGCAGGAUGGGAGGAAGAGCGAGUGAGUAGUCCUAGUAUACUGCGCCUCAUCUUCCAGGGGCGCUUCCUUCAUGGCAAUGUCACCCUGGGAGCUUUAAAACUUCCACCUGGCCGAACAACUGUCAUGCACUUGGUUGCCAGGGAGACGCUUCCAGAGCCCAACUCUCACGGUCAAAGGAACAGAGAAAAAACCACAGAGAGCAACUGCUGCCUGCUUUUGUAAAGCAACAGAAAUGACCCCUCCUUUACCCCAACAUCUCACAAACAGAACAUAACACAUGCAUCUAAACAUGUGCACACUUCCUCACCGUUUUCUCCUGCCGGUUGUCCCAUCAGCUGUUGACCUGGAAUAAAUCACAGGAAGUCCGUUUGGGGUCCUUACUUGCUUAACCUGAACUCCUGUCCAGUCUGAGGCUUUUGAAAAGUUUUUUUUUUGGUGCCAGUUUAGUCACUAUUGGUCCCUGAACUUUUACGCAGCACAUUUUGCUGUUGUUGCUCCUUUUUAUUUGAAGAUCCAACAAAACAUACACUCCGUCCCAGAUUUGUUUGCUGCAGGAGGUGUUUUCAAAAAUCAGAGCUGUCCUGUUGUGAACAGGACGCAGGAACUCACCAUUCUUCAUGGACACAUAAGUGCUAUAAAUGAUUUGUGAUCUUCAACCCUUCCCUAAUAGUCACAGAGACGUUUCUCCUGGUCUUACUGAAUGGUGUUAAUCCUCUCUUGCACUUAACCAUUUUAAUUCAGAAAUGUUUAUUGUGUUUCAUUGUCUCUUUCCUCAUGGUCUCUUUACUUUAUUUUAAUGCUUUUGGUCACACAGAUAGACCUUAAAUCCCCACGUGGUAGAAAAUGUGCCAUCCGCCUCACAGACUGUUUCUGCCUCACUAACCGAACCUUUCUGUCUGUAUCAGCACCGGUGGCCUCUAAGCCAUCACCCGCAUCCGUUUGUUUCUGUCAAUGGACCAAUGGAGAAAAGACUGAGACAAGGAAGAGAUGUGUAAACACCUGCAGGUCCAGAGGAAAUAAAGACAGACUCCCAGCAAGGCCUAAACAGACGUAGUCAGUGGAGUCAGGAAUCAAGAGUCAUGUUCGAACUUUAGAUGGGAGAUUUUAUUGACUAGACUGCCAUCGUUCCCUUGUAAUGGGAACUGACUAUUACUGACUGGCCAGUUAAACACAGACGGAUAGGUCGGAAGGAGUGCGGUUACUCUAAGACCCUCACCCCUCCUCCUCUUCUAUUGGAUCAUGAAAACGAAGCAAUGGGAGUUUUUCCUGUUGGAUAUAGAGAGAGAAAAAAAAGGAAAACUGGGUGGUGUUUUGCCUCCUUGUCAUUUGGAUGCUGUUGUUAUCUCUUGUUUGCCUUUUAUCGUGGAAUUCAGUAAUAUCAUUAAUAAUGAAAUUUAAAUAUCAAUUUUUAUCUUGUGCAUAGGUAUUUGUUGAAUUUUAGUGAGGGUGAGUUUGUGUGCGAGUGUCUGAGGGUGUGUGAUGCACGUGGCAUACUGUGUGAGGACGUUUUUCAAAAAAGAAACAAAGGUAGUGCACUGGGAGCGUUGAUGGGCUGCGGUUUCAUAAGAAACAGUUGGAAACCUUUUGAUUCCUUCCAUUGAGUGUCCUUUGGUUUGUGUUUUCGUCAAUCAAUGUCACUGCUAUGAAGUUUAGCUCAGUAUGAAUAAAUGUAAAAUCUAAAUUGCAAUGUGCUCUACAUGAAAGCUUGUAUUAUAAAUUAAUAAAUCUUUA